AUGCUGCUGGCUUUGCAAGCUACGUUUGUAACACGGACUCUAGUGCUUAAGACUCAGGCUCAUGCUUACUUAGGAUCAGACUUAGGGACAGAGACAACCACUAACCGCUCACCCCAGCUCCAACAUGCUGCGCAUGCGCACUUAGCACCAGCGCGGGCCACGAGCAACGGGCACCGCCCCGCACAUGCGCAACGAAGCUGCUCGCCCCCGCCCGCCGGAGCAUCAUGGCGGCCGGCGCCGCUCUGCGCAUGCGCGCGGGGCGGCGGGCGCGGGGCGCUGCGCUCCCCCAACAGCCGCGAGCCGGCGCAGGUGAUCUUCCGCAACUGGAGCCCGCGCCUGGUGCUGCCGGUGUGGCUGGACUUCGAGGGCAGGCCUCAGAGCUACCCCGUGCUGCAGCCCGGCACCGGUCGCCGGAUGCACAGCUACGUGGGGCAUCUUUGGCUAUUCAGAGAUGCGGGGACAGAUGACAGGCUUCUUGUCAACAAGAUGGAGGUGUUUGAGCCUACUCGCAACGUGGAUGGGAACUACAUAUUGGCAGACAUCACACUACCUGUGUUCACCCUGAAAGAGAGAUGCCUUCAGGUUGUUCGCAGUCUGGUAAACCCAGUGGACUACAGGAGAUUGGACAUUGUUCAGUCUUUAUAUGAAGAGUUAGAAGAUCAUCCCAACAUUAGGAAGGAUAUCAUUCGGCUGUCUCUGGAAAGAAGUGAAAUGCUAAGGAAUGGAGCUCCUGAAUAAAACUGAACAUCAUUCAUUCCAAACUCUUGACCAGGAAAGAAAUCUUCCCUGGCAAACUACUAAGUUUAAAUGGUGUUCAUCACACUGAAACAUUUCAAGAGCUGAGUAGACAUUUGCAUUUCAUGCUCUGAAGGGUGUCUACGCUCUGUUGGUUUCAAUAUGUAACACUUACUAGGAUGGACCAGAUUCAGGAGGCUAAACAGUAUACAUAUGUAAAAUGCCAAGGGGAGCUGUUCAAAGGCAAUUGACCAAAUCCUGCUGCCCUUUGUACACACGUGAGCUAACUGAUGUUAGUGGCCUUGUGCAGGUGGAACCAAGAACAAGAUCUUGUUGUUUCUCAGAAUAAAUGUAGCUGAAUGCAUUUCUGAUACAGUAAGUGUAAUAUAAAAUGGGUUUGCUCAUUAUCAUUCUCUUUUGAAAGAUACAAAUACAGAUGAUUUCCACAGACUUAGAAAAUAAGCUACACAGAAGAUUAAUUUGACCUAGGCUGUGAAGGCUAUAAUUGCCUGAAUGAUUAAGAACCUAAUACUCUUUUUACUUCAGUGAAGUUUCACCUAAACACAUCAGGGUUUUAAGUUACUCCUAGUUCAGAUCCUAGUGCUACCCCUUCAGGGAUACAGAGGACUUGUGAAUGUAAUAUCCUACCCAUGUCUUUUGCAGGUCAAUUGAUCCAAAACAUGCUGAAAUUUGGAUACACACAAAUUAAACUAUAUUUUUUUGUUUAACAAAUAUUAAGGUAUUCAUCAAACAGCACUAUGCAAUGUUAGGAGCAGAUCUCCAAAGAAACCAUUCUGUCAGUGUUUAAUAUUGCACAUUUAUUUCCUAUGAAUUCCAUACACUCCAAGGAAACUGCUGUGAAACUAAAUGAUUGAUAUAGCCUGUACAGUAAUUUUUAAAUGUCUCUUCCACUUUUUGUAAACUUGUUAGCUUUUCUUAAAAUAUCAAGUGUCUGAUCUGUUCUUUAUUCUCUGUUAUAAAAUGUAAAUAUGUAUUAUCUAUAUAUAUUUUUUUAACGACUCUGUUGUUUGUCAAAUACCUUCAUAGUCAUCUCCUGUUUUUGCAUUACUGAAGAAUAACUGAUAGCAACUUAAGCAAAAAUGUACGCUUUAAAAGUUAUCAAUCUUGCUGGUGACAAAAUUUGAUCCCCACAGACUUCCUACCUAGGGCAGGCAGGUGGACUCGAUCUCGCAAGGUCCCUUCCAGCCCCUAACGUUUAUGAAAUCUAUGAAAAUGUAAUUAGUACAGACACUGCCUAUGAAAGUAGCUAAAUAUUCUCCCUUGAAAUUCCUUGCGUGCUCCAACUUGUGGCCCCAGCUAUUGCUGAUGAAGCUACAGUGAUAGGUGUUCUAGCAUAGCCAAAAGCACUGGUAGUUACCAAAAUAUGUACCAUGCUCUCUCUUUGCUGAUAAGAAAUGAGAAUAAUAUUGUGGCAAGAAGCCCCAGUGGCCCUAAGGCUACACUAGAACUCACACACUCAUCUAUCACUAGUGGAACUCUAAUAAAGGUAUUAAAUGAGAAAUUUUAAGCCUGCUGUACACCAUGUCCUAUAUACUAGAUUCAAGUUCAAAUAUAACAUUUCAUCCAUGACCUUCCUUUCUGUGUCUUAA